AGCCACGCAAAACCCUUUUCCCCUUGGCGGCCAGGCGCGUUCUCUCUCAAGUCUGCAACGAUGCAGAUCUUCGUGAAAACCCUAACCGGGAAAACCAUCACCCUCGAGGUUGAGUCCUCCGACACGAUCGAUAAUGUGAAGGCGAAGAUUCAGGACAAGGAAGGCAUUCCGCCGGACCAGCAGAGGCUGAUCUUUGCCGGCAAGCAGCUGGAGGACGGCCGCACCCUCGCCGACUACAACAUCCAGAAGGAGUCCACCCUCCACCUGGUCCUCCGUCUCCGUGGUGGCGCCAAGAAGAGGAAGAAGAAGACCUACACCAAGCCCAAGAAGAUCAAGCACAAGAAGAAGAAGGUCAAGCUCGCCGUGCUCCAGUUCUACAAGGUGGAGGAUUCCGGUAAGGUCCAGAGGCUGAGGAAGGAGUGCCCCAACGCUGAGUGCGGUGCCGGUACGUUCAUGGCGAAUCACUUUGACAGGCACUACUGUGGCAAGUGUGGCAUGACUUAUGUCUACAACAAGGCUGCAGGUUCUGAUUAGGGUCAUCAUCCGUAGCUCGUUUUGAGAGAAUUCUGGAUAACUGAAUGUCGUUUUGGUAUUUCUUAGGGUUUAGAAUUUUAUGUUUCCCCUGCCAUGGAUGAUGUUAAUUAAUUGUUGGAUUUUGAUGGUUUAGAUCUGUGAUGUGCAAAACAUCAAUUUCGGUAUAUUUUUAGUCGUCUAAAUGGUUUUAUAGGAAUGUGAUGCUGAUGGGUACUAGAUGAUGAAUGUUUGAGAUAAACCCUUGAGAAUGUGUUCUUCUUAAUUGGGUUUUGGUUGUAUGAGGAUUUGUGCUGCUAUAUGGUUCUUUGUUUGGGGCUUUUGUGUUUGUGGAAUUGUCUGAUAGUAAGAAUGUCGAUUGCAAAGAUAUGAUCCAGUGCUUCUUAGCUUUAGGGAUGGUUCCUGGGCUGGUUCAAGAUGACCAGAUAAGAUUAGGGACGGCAGUGGGCAAAAUAAUAGCGGGCAUAACCC